GGCAGGCUUUCAGUUUAUUUCCCGGCCGUCUGUGCGGCGUCCCAGCGGCAGCGGGGGAGUUGUAGGUGUUGUGGCCGCAGGCUCACGGGGAGGCCGAGAAGGCGCAAGCCGGGGACACCUUCUGUCCUCCCCGAUGCCCGCAGUUUUUUGAGAAUUCUCACGAAGUUGCCCGGGCUGGAUUCGAAGUUCCUCAUCCUCUCGCCUCGGCCUCCUGAAUGCUGAGAUUACAAGCAUCUGCCAUCGUGCUCAGCUGUGCAUACCUCUUUUUAAAGCAGCUUUAUUAAAGUAAUGAUACAGAAGAAACUGUCUCCCUGUGUUGCCCAGGCUGGCCUUGAACUUGUGGCAGUCCUCCUGCGUCAUCCUCCCAAGUGCUGGGAUCACAGGUCUGUUUGCUUUGAGGAGGAGCUUCAGACUGUCCCACAGCAAAAGGGAUGGGAUCAGAGAACAGUGCUUUGAAGAGCUAUACAUUGAAAGAACCACCAUUUACUUUACCCGCUGGACUUGCUGUUUAUCCUGCUGUACUGCAAGAUGGCAAAUUUGCUUCAGUUUUUGUGUAUAAGAGAGAAAAUGAAGACAAGGUUAAUAAAGCUGCCAAGCACUUGAAGACCCUUCGUCACCCUUGCUUGCUAAGAUUUUUAUCUUGUACUGUGGAAGCAGAUGGCAUUCACCUUGUCACUGAGCGAGUGCAGCCUCUGGAAGUGGCCUUGGAAACGUUGUCUGCCGCAGAGGUCUGUGCUGGCAUUUAUGACAUACUGCUGGCUCUGGUCUUCCUUCACGACAGGGGACACCUAACACACAACAAUGUCUGCUUAUCAUCUGUGUUUGUGAGUGAAGAUGGGCACUGGAAACUGGGAGGAAUGGAGACUGUUUGUAAAGUGUCUCAGGCCACACCAGAGUUUCUGAGGAAUAUUCAGUCAGUACGAGGCCCAGCAUCUGUCCCUCCUGAAGAGAUGUCUCCAGAAUUCACAGCUCUCCCAGAGUCUCAUGGACACGCUCGGGAUGCCUAUUCGUUUGGGACAUUGGUCGAAAGCUUGCUCACAAUCUUAAACAAGCAGGUUUCAGCGGACGUUCUCUCCAGCUUUCAGCAGAUCUUGCACACAGCCCUGCUGAAUCCCAUCCCACACUGUCGGCCUGUGCUCCGCACCUUACUGUCCCAUGACUUCUUCAGAAAUGAUUUUCUAGAAAUUGUGAAUUUCUUGAAAAGCUUAACACUGAAGAGUGAAGAGGAAAAAACGGAAUUCUUCAAAUUUCUGCUGGACAGAGUCAGCUGCUUGUCAGAGGAAUUAAUAGCUUUGAGGUUGGUGCCGCUUCUGCUUAAUCAGUUGGUGUUUGCAGAGCCAGUAGCUGUCAAGAGUUUUCUUCCUCAUCUACUUGGCCCCAAAAAAGACACUGAACAGGGAGAAACCCCUUGCUUGCUCUCGCCGGCCUUGUUCCAGUCUCGGGUGAUCCCUGUGCUCCUCCAGUUGUUCAAGGUUCACGAGGAACAUGUGCGGAUGGUGCUGCUGUCUCAUUUUGAGGCCUAUGUGGAGCACUUUACUCAGGAGCAGCUGAAAAGAGUCAUCUUGCCACAGGUGUUACUGGGCCUGCGUGACACCAGCAGUUCCAUUGUGGCAGUUAGUCUUCAUAGCCUUGCAGUGCUGGUCUCUCUCCUUGGACCAGAAGUGGUUGUGGGAGGACAAAGAACCAAGAUCUUCAAACGUACUGCCCCAAGUUUCACUAAAAUGACUGACCUUUCCCCAGAAGAUUCUCCCAGGCACGUGGUCUGCAGCCAGCACAGUCAGAUCUUGCCCGCCUUGGAGAGUCCCUCUGCUAGCACAUUCCCAAAAGGUUUCUCCUCUGGCAACCUCCCCAUCAACAGCAAGGAGCACAUACAGCAAGAUUACUACGGUGAUCAGUUUUCUCAGUCUAUUAAAUUUCGCAUGAAUGGAAUCUCAGAUAUGAAAAAUACUUCAGGGAACACUGAAAAUCUUUCUUCAGUCUCUAAAAAGUCUGAGGAGUGGCCUGACUGGAGUGAGCCUGAGGAGCCGAAGAACCCAACUGUCAAUAUGCACGUUUGGCCUGGAGAACCCUGUGAUACUGCUGAGUCCCAGUGCACUGACCUGAUUACAGAACCAGUAGGUUGGGAAGACUGUGCGCCUAGGAGCUUAAGUACUCAGAUAAGCCCAGGACCCCGUGUCUCUGCAGCCCUGCCUGGUACCUCUGGGGAGCAAAAGCCCACUGCUGCUUUGCCUUCAUUCACUGAACCAGCUAAGCCUCUGAAAUCAAGUCCACCCCCAAAGACCAGUCUUGUGCAAAGCACAGAAGACCCAGACCAGGCCAAGCCACCAAAAGGGUUGUCACAAGAAAGGCCUCUUAAAAUUCAGUCAGAACUUGGUUUAGGAGAAGAGUUUACCAUCCAGGUUAAAAAGAAGCCAGUACGAGAUCCUGAGUUGGACUGGUUUGCUGAUAUGACUCCAGAAAUUAAGCCUUCAGCCGCUUUUCUUAUUUUACCUGAACUGAGAACAGAAAUGGUGGUCCCUAGCAAGGAUGAUGAUGUCUCACCAGUGAUGCAGUUUUCCUCAAAAUUUGCUGCAGCAGAAAUAACUGAGGGAGAGGCUGAAGGCUGGGGAGAAGAAGGGGAGCUGAACUGGGAAGAUAGUAACUGGUGACAAUGGCCGUGAGUUAAAACUUUAGGAAGGUUUCCUUUAAAAAAAAAAAAUGAAUACCUCAGAUGCAGGCUGUAUGGACAAAAAAAUCCCAAAGCUGCCUCCUCCUUUCCCUGUCCCACGAGUUCUGUUUCCAGUCUGUGCCAACUGCGUUGGGAGACCGUGCUGACGCUUGAGUGCUGGCUGAGCCCAGGUGGCCAAGGGCUCAUAGGACUGCUUCUAGGAGGGAGAGCCUUCGUGCAUUCAGCCGAGCCCAGUGUCCACGAAGAGCAAGGAGCUGGGGAAAGGCUGAUUUACUGCUUUAAAAAAGCAAGAAAAUAAAUAUAAAAAGUCAAGCUGG